AUGCUAACAUCACCAAAAAUUAUUGGUAUACCAUUUCAACGAUUUACAAUAGAUUAUAUUUUGCCAAUUAAUCCCCCAAGCAAUGGCAACUCAUAUAUUUUGGUAGGAACUUGCGCAACUACAAAAUACGCUAUAGCAAAAUCAUACAAAAACGCUGACGCAAGGUCGACAGUAGCAUAUUUAAUAGAUAUAAUUUUACAAUUCGGAGCAAUAGGCGAAAUACACUCUGACCGAGGCUUACAUUUUGCAAAUAAAUUGGUGAAAGACUUACUAAAAGCGCUAAAUAUAAAUAACACAUAUUCAAAUGCAUACCGUCCCCAGAGCCAAGGCCACACAGAAAAGUUCAACGGGACUUUGAUAGAUAUGAUUAGCCACUUUGUACAGGAACAACCAAAAAAAUGGAGUCUAUACUUAAAUAUGUACUAUUUGCGUAUAAGCAGUAAACAGUACACAGCAAUUAAUGAUGCAACGAAAAACACACCGUUUUACCUAUUACACGGAUAUAAUCCAAAAUCCAUAUUUGAUCACAACUUUAUAAGUACAGAAACAUCCCCCGAAAUUUUACUGGAAUUAGAAAAAUUAAAAAAUAUUCGAGACGAACUCCCAAAAUUAUUAGCGGACAGAUAUUUAAAAAAUAAAAAACAUUAUGACUCAAAUAAGGUACAGGUAAAAUUUAAAUUAAACGAAAAAGUACUGAUUAAAGACGAAAAUAGAAAAUCUAAAUUUGCUUACAGGUACAACGGCCCGUUUAAAAUAAUGAAGCAAGUAUCGGAUGUAACUUAUGUAGUAGAAAUAAUUAAAAAUGGACAGUUAGUAAACGAAUACAAACAUGUUAGUCAGUUAAAAAAAUAUAAAGAACGCUAA